AUGGGGGCUGCAUUUAGAAGUUUCUGUGCUCGGUGCUGCUGCUGCUGUUGCUGUGAAGAAAAUGAGCCAGAGGAGAAGGGGCCCUUGCUUAGCAGUGAAACGCUGCUGUACUUUGAUCGUGAAGCGAAGAAAAGGAGGGACCAGGAGACAAACCUGUGGAGUGAGCCGGGAGACCCCAGUCACUCAGAGAGAGAUGAUGACCGUGAGCUCUACAACCUGCUGCAGAAGAGGGCCAAGACCCGGCGUGGUUCCCAGGGUUACCGGCGCCUCAGUGUGGACAUCCAUGCCAUGAGACAGGUGCGCCGUGGCGUGAGGGAGAAGUGGAAGAUGAUCCUAGAGAACCUUGGGUUCAUGGCUGAGGCAGAGUCCCUGCUGACGGUGUCGACCAGUGCGUCAUACGACCGCAUGCGCAACGCGGCAGCGGCCCGCUCCCUGCUGCACACGUUACACUCCGAGACCUCCAUCUUUAACAGCAGGGAGGCGCCGCCCGAGAGAUACAUGUUCAUCCUGGAUCGUCUGAUCUACCUGGACGUGGCCGAGGACUUUGUGGCGAAGGCGCGGCGCUUCUACCCCAAGGGGGAGGAAGACGAGGAUGAGGAGCCCACCCCGACCCUGCCUCUCCUAGUGAAGAGAUCCAGUCAGGGAACCCCGGGGGAGGAGGAUGAAGACGGGCUGGAUGAAGAAGAAGGGAGCGGGGUUGAAGCCGAUGACGAUGCCUUCAUUGCCAAGUCCCUGGAGUGA